CCGACUGUGUGGAGUUUGCAUGUUCUCCCUGUGCCUGCGUGGGUUUUUCUCCGGGUGGGCACUCUGGUUUCCUCUCACAUCCCAAAAACAUGCAACAUUAAUUUGAAACUCUAAAUUGUCCCUAGGUGUGACUGUGAGUGCAGCUGUUUGUCUCCAUGUGCUCUCCGAUUGGCUGGCGACCAGUUCAGGGUGUACUCCGCCUCCUGCCCGUUGACAGCUGGGAUAGGCUCCAGCACUCCCUGCAACCCCCGUGAGGAUAAGUGGCAAAAGAAAAUGGAUGGAUGGAUAUUUUUAAUGAAGCCCUGAACCGCUCAUUUUAGUGGUAAUACAAAGACAGGAAAUAAGAGUGUGAAUAUUUGUGGCCUGUUGAUUGCACUCGUGCAUUUUGGCGACGGAGACUCUCUCUCAGGUGGGAUAGGCUAGUGUGAACAAAUGUGACAAAAAAUGAUUUUUUUUCAAUACAUUUUUUUAAUCAUUAACAUCCCCUUCAAGAGGCGAAACUUACGUUCAUGUGGAAAUUUCACUCGUUCCGGUAGUUUUUCAUAAAUAUGAAAUGGGCAUUUUAUUUCCUAAUGGUGUAAAUUCCAGACUAUUAUGGUGUUUCCAGGUAAGAAGUUAUUGCUUUGUCGCAUCUCGCUUUCCAAGUACUUUCGGGUCAUCUUGCUCUCAGAGGAACUGAAAAGAAAAUUGCAAUUCCAUUCUCGGAAUAUGAAAAACCCGGAAAAAGCCAACCAAUCCCCCACAAAAAAAUGGCAAGUGUAGCAGUGCCAUCUCCAGGCUGGGAGAACCAAAGCACAAAUUCCUCCUGUCAUAAGACGCCAAAGAGUCCUGCCUACCUUGAAAAAAUAAAUGCGGUCAUAAUCUAUAUUUUCCCCCCAAGCAUGCGUUUUUCAGUUAAAUCGUAAAUGUAUUUUUUUUUUCCUUUUUAACAGAGCUGUGUUCACUGUGCACAGCGUGUCUGUUUCCUCUCAUUUAGUUGACGUGCUUGGCGUUGCUGAAGCACUCGAACACACAAGAUGGGCAAACAACCCGAGACACAUCACUUGUAAAGCAGGGGUGGGGAACCUAGGGCCCGCGGUCCGUACACGCGACUGACAAGAGUAUUUGAUGUCCUCGAAAACCUCAAGAGGAACUCCCAAAACAUUUAACACAAUAACUCAUAUUGAUUAACAUUACUGUAUUCAAUGCAUCAUAUGCAAGUGGUGGAAAAGGUUCCCCACCCUGAUUUAAAACAACUCUCAUCUGUUUUUGUUCUAUAUACUGUACUCUUUUAUGUUCAAUGCAGUACCAUGACUAUGAUCACCACUGAACAGUAAGGCAUCCAUUUUGCUUUCUUGAACAAUACGUGUACAGAAUGUCUUCUGGCCAUUUAGUGUUAUCCAACAGUGACCAGAAAAAAAGUAAUAAAAAGUUUUUUAUAUGUACGUAUUUCUUUUGUUGUUGAGUUAUUACUUUUAUUUCUUAUUUCUUGUUUUGACUGUGAGACAGUCAUCCUAUUUGGGUUGAUUGAAUAUUUUCUUUUUGUCCAUGGGUAAAUUACAGCUAUUUUAUUUUUUUUUUAACCAUUUAAAAUGUAUUUGACAUUUCAGUAUUAAGGCGCGUCAAUUACAGCAACUUUACCAACAGAUGGUGCUAAUGGAUGUUACUACAGGGUACAUAUGACGACGUACACCAGGUUGGAUAUGAAAGGAGGAGAACAGGAUUGCUACAGAUUGGCCAGGCGGGAAAGACGUGCAGCAGGUUCAUUUCGAGGACGUUAAUUCCCCGCUUGAUCAAUGACCUCAUCAGUUAGGGCUGCUGUAUUAGAGACUCCAGCGAGCUGCGGCACAGGCAGCCUGCUCCUCUUCAUCGCUCUUCUUCUCCCUCUGAGCAAAGCACCUCGUUUCCCGCGAAGCGACCCCGCUCGUCCGCCUCCUCCGCUUCGGCAUCCGGCGGCGCUGGAUGGAGCGCGGCGCCUGAAGGGAAAGCAGAGCGGUGGAGUUGCUUCGUCCGUCCUCCUCCCGCUGCAGCAAACAGGAAAGUCCCGGCUGGCUGCCGCACCAUGUCCUCUCCUCCGAGCGGGGAUGUGUCGGGCUACCAACUGAGCGUGGCGCGAAACCCGGCGGACUGGGAGGUGGGCGUCUACCUGGUGGGCUUCACGGCGCUGCUGUCCGUCGCGGGCCUGAACAUCUGGAAGCUGUGGAAGUCCGGCGCCUUCCCCGCUCCGUCCCCCUUCCCCAACUUUGACUACAGAUAUCUGCAGGAAAAAUACGGGACCUCCUUCUCGGAAGUGCGACAGAAGCGGGUGGCGGCCAACAACCACCGGCGGACGUCGACUGCGUCCAGCCGCAAGCCCAGCCUGGCGCCGGGCGACACGCCGGACGCCCUCAGGGAGCUGGGCCACCUGGACCUGAUGGGCCGCGAUCUGGACCUGAGCGGCGCGGCGCAGCUCAACCGCUCCGUCUCCACCGAUUCGCUCAGCUCCAUCUCGUCCGUCGCCAACAACUUCGGCCACGACUUCACGGUGGGGCAGCUGGAGGUGACGCUGGAGUUCGAGGCCUCCCGGCACGCCGGCCAGGGGACGCUGCACAUCGCCGCGCACCAGGGCAAGGACCUGCUGGAGAGGGAGGAGGGAGACUUCCCGGCGUGCUUUAUCAGGAUCUCGCUGGGCCCAGAAGAGCUCAGCGUGGGGGUCACGAGGGUGCAGACGAACGCGUUCACAGUCAUCUUCGACGAGAGGUUCUCGGUGCCGAUUGACGCGUGCGCCCUGGAGGAAUGCAGCCUCCGGUUCGCCGCCUUCGGCAUCGACAGCGACGAGAGGAACAUCAGCGCCGGCGUGGCCGAACUCAAGCUCUCGGAUCUGGACCUCGCUAUCAGACCCUUCAACGCCUGGCUCUACCUCCAGGACGUCAACAAAGCGGCGGACGCGGUGGGGGAGAUUUUGCUGUCCCUCAGCUAUUUACCGACGGCGGAGCGCCUCACGGUGGUGGUGGCCAAGUGUAAGAACCUGCUGUGGACCAACGGCAAGAACACCGCAGACCCAUUCGUCAAAGUUUACCUCCUGCAAGACGGACGCAAGAUCAGCAAGAAGAAGACGUCCACCAAGCGGGACGACACCAACCCCAUUUUUAACGAGGCCAUGAUCUUCUCGGUGCCCUCCCUCGUCCUGCAGGAGCUCUCCCUGCGGGUCACCGUGGCCGAGGCGUCCGACGACGGGCGGGGCGAGAACAUGGGUCACGUGAUCAUCGGCCCCGAGGCCGGCGGCAUGGGGAUCACCCACUGGAACCAGAUGUUGGCCACCCUGAGGAAGCCCGUGUCCAUGUGGCACCCGCUGCGCAGGAUCUGACCGCUCAGAGCUAAUCGGUUGCUAUUUUAGUGACUUUAAUUAGCGAUUAAAUACGGGGAAAAGUACGCCGGCGGCGGGUCGUGCAAUUGGUAUACCUGCGGCUUCAGUGCCGCUUUACCCGACUUCAUCCUCCUCCACUGUUAUGUCGCAAAACUUGACCCAAACGAUGCAUCCUGAUGUCUUGCCUUUCUGGAAAAGUCCACUUUGAAAAUUUUCAUUAUUUUUUUGAAGUACAGCGAACGCCUGUGAAAAUCAGCAAAUUAUUGACGUGCCCCGAAAAGGAAUUUUUAAUUAUGCAUGGAUACCAAUAAGUGCCCUGCGAUUGGCUGGCAACCAGUUCAGGGUGUACCACGCCUCCUGCCCGUUGACAGCUGGGAUAGGCUCCGGCAUGCCCCGUGACCCUUGUGAGGAUAAGCGGCUAAGGAAAUGGAUGGAUAGAUACCAACAAUGGCAGGAAAGCCUUUAAAAGUGACAGAACCAGCAAGCAUCAACUCCACGCAUCUAGCAUGUACAUCAUCAUGAAGCCAUGUCGCAUAGCAAAACUGUUCAUCAGUUAGAUUUUUCAACACAAACAAUCUUCGCGUGUGACUCCUCAGUCGUAUUAUUAACUCGUAUACCGUAAUUCCCGGCCUACAGAGCGCAUCCGGGUAUAAGCCUCACCCAGUACAUUUGUAAAGGAAAUACCAUUUGGUACAUACAAAAGCCGCUGCUGUGUUAAAGCUGCAAGUGCCCACAUUGAAACACGAGAUAUUUACAGACGGUACGCUAAAGGUAGCGCUAACGCUAACAGGGCCAGUUAAAAUAAAACGUACUGGUAUAUAUCACUGAGACACGCCAGUAACACAGCAGCAACACGCUAGCACAGCACUAAUGGUAGCGCAGCCCUAACAGAGCCGGUAAAAGUCACUUCCUUGGCACAUAUAUUCCACCGGUCUCAUUCUUAGCUUUUCCGCUCGAGUGCCCCCUUGCGGCCGUUAGAAAAAAAUGCACAAAACAGCUGCACCACUGCAUGAACCGCAGGGUUGAAAGCACGUGAAAAAAGUUGCGGAGUGCUGGCCGGAAAUUGUGGUAUUAGCCUAAAUAACACGCUAGCGCAAACCCUGACGUCACGCAUCCAAAUAUGUCCACUUACAUGAUCUGUAUGAAGUCAUUCAACUUAUCUUAAAGUGAGUGGAAUGGAAAAAAAGUCAUAAUUUUGUAAGAAAAAAAAAUCUUGUACUUUGGCAGAUGAAUAUCACAGCUCCAAAAAAUAAUCAACUUUUUUUUCCUCACAAGAUCACCACUUUAUCGUCAUAUUCCGCAUCGCAUUGCGACAUUUUUCACGUUAUCGUCAUUCUUUGAACAGUCAUCAUACAACAUUUUUUUCAUAACAUUUCGACUUUAGCGGCGGCACGGCGGCUCAGCUGGAAAGCGUUAGCCUCACAGUUCUGAGAUCCCCGGUUCAAUCCCCGGCCCCGCCUGUGCGGCGUUUGCAUGUUCUCCGCGUGCCUGCGUGGGUUUCCUCCCACAUCCCCAAAAACGUGCGACAUUAAUUGGACAUCUAAAUUGCCCAUAGGUGUGAUUGUGAGCGCGGCUGUUUGUCUCCGUGUGCCCCUGCAACCAGUUCAGGGUGUACCCCGCCUCCUGCCCGUUGACAGCUGGGAUAGGCUCCAGCACACCCCGCCACCCGUGUCAGGAUAAGCGGCUAAGAAAAUGAAUGGAUGGGACACUUCAUUUCAACUUUAUUCCUCCUACUUUUACCCCCCGCCCCCCCCUUUCCAGUCAAAGUGCAACAAGUAUUUUAAAGUUAUGCAUUGUUACCCUCCUGUGUUUAUGACUACAUUUAAGCACUUUUUUUUUUUUUUUCAUUAAUUGAGGCAUCCAGACAUAUUGUUGUGCAUAGAUGGUGUUUUUUGUAGAAUGAUUCCCUACCCCCACCCCCGCCUUUCACCCUCAGCCACUUGCAUGGUGCCUUCCUGUCUACCUUACUUGACUGACCGGUGCAGUUUGUCGUGAUUUGGGAGAAACGCAAUCCAGGUACUCUUUUAUCUUUGCGGUAGAUCUUCGUCGGGAUUUGUAGCAGACGUUACACGGGUGGCCGAAUUCCAGGCGCAGUAACAGACACAGCGUGUUCAAAUCGUGUCACAGUUUUUGUUUUAUUUUGUUCAACUGUCAUUCUUAUAUAUAAUAAUAAUAACAGUGUUUGCUUUAUGAAGCGUGUAAAUAGGUUAUUGCGAAUGAAGAGUAGACAAAGUCAUAAAAGUAGUGGAAUUGUGGUUUUCAACACGGAGUGGAAUCCCCAAUGUCCCACACUUUAGACUUCAACUCACAUUUACUGGAAGAAAAAAAAUGCCUCAAAAGUCAAAAUAAAUGCGAGAAGUGGUUUUUUGCUUGUUAUUUGGCAUUUUAUUAAUAUAUAGUAUUUAUAACAUAUAUAUAUAUAUAAUGUGUGUAUAUUAUUAUUUAUUUAUUUAUUUAUUUAUUUACAAGACACGGCAAAGAGGUCUUGUGAUGAUAGUCCAACUUCCUGCAAUUCAGGAAAGCUCACAAAAAUUAAGUCAGUGACUCACAAAUGUUUUAUUUCAAUUACCAGUUGAAAAAUACUGUAGUUUUCUCCAAGUAUCACUCCUGUCACCAACAUUAAAAUACGUACAGUACCCUAAUGUUUCUCAAAAAUGCUGCAGAGGUUUUAUUCCUAAAAAGGUAUAUUUUAUGAAAAGCCACUGUAACAUUAUUCAGUUUUAUCAUUAAGAUUGUGCUUGGAUAUUUAAAAUUGUUUAAAAAAAAAAACUUACUGAAAGGAUUCAAUUGGAUAUGGUUUCUAUUGGAAAAUUGAAUGCAUUUGAAGCGCGCUUUUAAAAUGUACUAUACAUUAAAAGUUUUGAAAAAUUGUUUUACCAGAUUACAAAAUGUGUAGCUAACAUUAGUGACACCUUCGUUGUUUGUUUUAUUUUGCUCUGAAACAUCCCCUAGAAUUAAUAGUUUUGUGUGGGUUACUUAUUUAGUGUUUACACACCACUGGGAAUAAUUUUUGAAUUUAAAACAGAUUCAGCUACUUAAAUACUUGUAGGUUUGUUUGUUUUUUGUUCUCGUUGAUUUCUUGACAUUCUCAGAAAAAAAAAAAGGUUUGUUUUUUUGUUUAGUGACAUUUGUGGUCGACUUUAUAUAUUUAGUUUGGCUAAUUCAGAAGAAUCAUAAAGAAAAUAGAAAAAGGAAUUUUGAAACGCAAAGCAAGUCCAACUUAUUUUUUAACAUAUAUAUACAUAUAUAUGACAUGAAUUAAAUGAUUUAUUUUUGGGUUAAUUCAGAAGACUCACGAGAUAAAGCCCAAUAAGUAUCUAAUUAUCUAGCUUGAUUAGCAGCUGGCUAACUAUUUCUUGUUUCAUGUUGUCAGAACAUGUCUUGAAUGUUUAGAUUUAGUUAGAAAAGUUUUUCUUUUUCUUUGGAACAAUCAUAUAUGUAAAAAAAAAAAAAAAAAGUCCUUGUCUAAUAGGUAUCGAAAUUGUUGUUAGCUAGCUAGUUAGCCACUCACUGGAUUUCAUUUAAUUUCACAAAGUCAUAUUACGAUUAUUUGUUUCAUUUGUGUUG